AUGCUUCCAGCAACAGCAGCAGCAGCAGCAAUAGAGCGAUGGACAAUGUCCACUGACAAGGGUAUAUACUGUGUAAUGAACACCGAAUGUCCGUCCGGUCCCUCCUGUCCACCACAUGAUAAAAGCGCUCCCCCGCGGCUCAAUGUUGCGCAACUGCAAGUGCUCCAAAGUCGCAGCGAGUACAACUUGACCGUACGAUUGCUCUGGCUUGCACAAAGCACACAAAACUUCAGGAAAAUAUCAGCUCAAAGUACGCAAUUCUAG